AUGCCUUACCUGCUUCUGAACCCCUCCAUGCCAGAGAUGAGGCCUCGAAUGUACCCGGUGUUUUUUGGAGAAAGCAUUGAGGUCAGCCCUGAGCCUGUGCAGGAAAUCAGGUGCAAUUCUGAGGUGAAGUAUGACUCCGAGAAGCAUUAUCGAGAUGACAUCUUCUACGGCCCCAUCCCCACUGUCACCACCUACAGCGAGACAGUCAUUGCUGCUCCAAAUUGCACCUGGCGGAACUACAAGUCCCAGCUGAUCUUUGAGCCCCGCCAGAAGCCACUGAGGUUUCAGAGCACGACCAUCAUUUUUCCUAAGCGUGCCAAGAACAUUUACCGGACCACCCUCAACUACAGCUUGGGUUGUGCCAAGCGUUGGUUUGCUUCCAGCGUGCAGCUGGAACUCUGCGAGGAAACCAGCCCGUGCGUCAUCUACAGCGAGACCCUCUGA